AUGACGACCACCAUAUCCAUACUCCACGAUGCGAUCGAACUUCAGAAGCUGCACCGGCAAGACCUGGAGAAGAUGCGGGAUAGGGUCCAGAGCCGACUGGAACUUGCCAUCGACUUGGACGGCCACUUGGAGCUGAUUCUGGCCGACAUUGACAGCGCCAUCCGAGAGUGCGAGGAGGAGAUUGAUGAACUCGAGGAGCAGAAGAAGGAAUUGGAGGCGAACAAUAGCGGAUAA